AUGGGGAACGCACGCUCCAAGAGCAGCGACGGGGCCAGCUCACUCCGUGGCCGCCCCGAGCUCUCGUUCUACAGCUCUUUCCCCAGGAAGUGGAGCGAGAACGUCUUUCUGGAUAACGAGCUGCUGACCUCCAAGAUUCUGUCCGUGCUGCGGCCCCAGUCGGAGCGGGGCCUCCGGACGGGCCACCUCCGCUACCCUGCCCACUUCCUCAGCACCAGCUCUGUCUUUGCCUCCGUCGCAGCAUCCCUGAAGGAGCACCCGAGGACCACCGUCCUGUCCGAUGGCAGCCCGGGCCUGGCCAGGAAUGUCGGCAUGACGGUCUCGCACAAGGGGGGUCCACAGCCAGCACCCAGCCCGGCGGGAACGGGGACGAGACUUGGACCAGUCACAGGAGAGAUGGAUGAAACCGACACAGUGUCUCUGAAGUUCAAGCAGGCAGCCGACGACUCUCUUUCACUUACAUCUUUGAACGCUGACUCCAUCUUUAUAGAAGACUCCUACACUGCCUCGCUGAGGCGUGAGAUCGAAGCAGAUGCCCACGAGUUCGAGGCCGAGUCCUGGAGCCUCUCCGUGGACCCCGCAUAUGUGAAGAAACAGAAGAGGGAGGUGGUGAAAAGGCAGGAUGUGCUUUAUGAGCUGAUGCAGACGGAGGCCCACCACGUGCGGACGCUCAAGAUCAUGCUGAAGGUCUACUCCAGGGCCCUGCGGGAGGAGCUGCAGUUCAGCCCCAAGGCCGUCAGCCUCCUCUUCCCGGGCGCAGACGACCUGCUGGAGGUGCACGGCCACUUCCUGUCUCGGCUGAAGGAGCGCCGUCAGGAGUCCCUGGAGGAGGGCAGUGACCGCAAUUAUAUCAUCCAGAAGAUCGGGGACCUCCUGGUACAGCAGUUUUCAGGUGAAAACGGGGAGAGAAUGAAAGAAAAAUACGGUGUCUUUUGUAGCGGCCACAACGAAGCCGUCAGUCACUACAAGUUGCUACUGCAGCAAAAUAAGAAAUUUCAAAACUUGAUCAAGAGAAUCGGCAACUUCUCCAUUGUGAGGCGGCUCGGCGUGCAGGAGUGUAUCCUUCUGGUCACCCAGCGCAUAACCAAGUACCCCGUGCUGGUGGAGCGUGUUAUUCAGAACACAGAAGCUGACUCCGAGGACCACAAAGACCUGAUCCAGGCCCUGAACCUCAUCAAAGGCAUCAUCUCGCAAGUGGACACCAGGGUCAGCGAGUGUGAGAAAGGCCAGCGCCUCAGGGAGAUCGUGGGGAAGAUGGACCUCAAGUCCUCCGGCAAGCUCAAGAACGGGCUGAUCUUCCUUAAGGAGGACAUGCUGCGGCGGCAGCUCCACCUGGAGGGCACGCUGUGCUGGAAGACCACGUCCGGGCGCCUAAAAGAUGUCCUUGCUGUCCUGUUGACGGAUGUGCUUCUGCUGCUACAAGAAAAGGAUCAAAAAUACGUCUUUGCUUCUGUGGACUCCAAGCACCCCAUCAUCUCGCUGCAAAAGCUCAUCGUGAGGGAGGUGGCCAACGAGGAGAAAGCCAUGUUUCUGAUCAGCGCCUCCCUGCACGGGCCUGAGAUGUACGAGAUCUACACCAGCUCCAAGGAGGACAGGAACACCUGGAUGGCUCACAUCCGAAGGGCCGUGGAGAGCUGCCCGGACGAGGAGGAGGGCCCCUACAGCGAAGCCGAGGAGGAGAGGAAGCUGAUCGAGGCCCGCGCCGUGAGGCUGAGGGACUUCCAAGAGCGACUUAACAUUAAAGACCAGCAGAUCGCCCAGAGCCUCAGUGAGAAGCAGCACAUCUACCUGGAGAUGGCUGAGAUGAGCGGCCUCGAGGACCUCGCCCCGGCUCGGCUCCUCUUCCGGGGAGGGGAGCCCCCCGAGAACCUGCAGGGGGAGCUGAUUCUCAAGUCGGCCAUGAGUGAGAUCGAGGACAUCCAGAGCCUGAUCUGCAGGCAGCUGGGCAGCGCUAACGGCCAGGUGGAUGAUGGGGGCGGCUCCUUGUCCCCAGCUCGGAGGGUGGAGGCCUCCGGGGGCUACGACAGCGCCAGCAGCCCCAGCAAGAAUGGCAGUUUUCAGAAGAACAUCUGCAGCAGCAACCCCAGCCUCCGAGACUGGCAGGGCCCCGCGGGCAGCCCGGACUCAAGGCUCGGCGACGCCCCGGGGGCCUCCGAGGAAGCACCGCAGGCGGCGGAGGCACCAGGUGCUGAGCCCAGCCCCCGGCUGCCUGCCCUCCUGGAGUCGGAGCUCGUCCGGCGCAUCCAGACACUGUCCCAGCUGCUCCUCAGCCUCCAGGCGGUCAUCGCUCAGCAGGACAGCUACGUGGAGACGCAGAGGGCGGCCAUCCAGGAGCGCGAGAAGCAGUUCGGGCUGCAGUCGACGCGCGGGAACCUGCUGCUGGAGCAGGAGCGGCAGCGCAACUUCGAGAAGCAGCGGGAGGAGCUGGCGGGCGUGCAGAGGCUGCAGGGCCAGCUGCGGCUGCAGCAGCAGCACUGGGAGCGAGAGCGGGAGCGCCAGCGCCAGGAGCUGGCCCUGGCCUCGGCGCAGCUGCAGCAGCGCGAGAGCGAGGCACUGCGGGUGCAGGAGCAGCUGGGCCAGGAGCGCGAGGAGCUGGCGCGCCAGCGCGAGGCCUACCAGCACGACCUGGAGCGGCUGCGCGAAGCCCAGCGCGCCGUGGGGCGGGAGCGCGAGCGGCUGGAGCUGCUGCGCAGAGUGAAGAAGCAGAACACGGUGCCCGGGGCGGCCGGGGCGCUGCCGCCCGAGGUGCUAGCGGAGGCCCAGCCCCCCAGCCACACUCCCAGCUUCAACGGGGAAGGGCUGGAAGGGCCCGCGGCCCUGGCUAAAGCGCCAGGGCCCCGGGUGAGCUCGCUGCUGUCUGGUGCCGGGCCCGAGUACGCAGAGCGCCCCGAGGUGACCCGCAGGGACAGCACCCCGGCUGAGGGUCGGCCAGCCAAGAGCGACGUGCCCAUCCAGCUGCUUAGCGCCACUAACCAGAUCCAGAGGCAGGCGGCCGUGCAGCAGCAGAUCCCCACCAAGCUGGCCGCCUCCACCAAGGGCGGCAAGGACAAGGGCGGCAAGAGCCGGGGCUCCCACCGCUCGGAGAGCUCAGCCUCAUUCGACCUGAAGCAGCCACUGCUUCUCAACAAGUUCAUGGGCAAAGAGGAGAACGCCUCUCGGAGCCGCCGCUCGCUGAGUCCCGUCCUGCGCAGCUCCACGCCACCCCCAGACUCCUGCCUCCCAGCCCCGACCCCGGUGCCGGCUGACGUCCCCAACGAGUACUUCACCCUCAAGGCCUGGGGGGCAUCCUUCUCACCCGUGGCCCCGUCCUCCACACCACUCGACAAGGAAGAAGCCAGCAAGGAAGAUGUCAUCUUCUUCUAGGGGGCGUGGCUCGGGGUU